UUGUGUUCUUCCGGGAAUCAGGAGUCAGCUGACUAGGGGUCGUCACUAGUUACCACAGCCACAACGUUGCCUGUUUCUAAAAUAUAUAUUCUUAAAAUGUGAUUAUUAACCUAACCACACUGCUAACCACAUACCUAAACCUAACCAUGAAUUAAGCCCCAAAAACACAUUUUUGUUUUUAUAAAUUUUUACGACAUAGCCAAUUUUGACUUUGUGGCUGUGGUAACUAGCGGAAAACUCUAGAAAAAACUGAACAAGACAACAGUGCAACGUUAUGAGAGGUGAGGACUGGAAUAUGUGAACAUUGUACAGAGCUGGUGAUCUUUUGAUAUAUAACCCACCGUUGAAGAUGCCUGCAGUGUCCAGUGGGGUGAAGGACUUGUACCUCUCUACUAACCUGGGGGACCUCAACAAGAAAGCUGAAGUCAAGCCUGACAAAAUCAACACCAAGAGCUAUGUCCAGAGUGCCUGUAAGAUCUUCAAGGCUGCGGAGGAGUGUCGUCUGGAUGGAGACGAGGAGAAGGCCUAUGUUCUCUACAUGAAAUACCUAACGGUUUAUGAUCUCAUCAAGAAGAGGCCCGACUUCAAGCAGCAACAGGAGUUUUUCCUGUCCCUGCUGGGGCCCACCAGCUUUAAAAAAGCCAUAGAGGAAGCCGAGAAGCUCUCUGAAAGCCUUAAACUCAGGUACGAGGAAGUCGAGGUUCGCAAAAAACUUGAGGAGAAAGAGCGACAAGAGGAGAAGAAGAGGAGGGAGGAUAAGGUGGAGAAAGAUGGAGGGAGGGCAUCUCCGAAAGGAGGGAAAGAGAUCAAGAAGGUCAAAGAGCAGAAGGAGUUGAAAAAUGGACCUUCAAUAGCUGCGGUGCCAGCAGGAGGGAUCACAGCAGAGGGGUUGUUCAAGAUGAUGAGGGACCAGGCCAUUACGGUCAUUGUGAUGGACGCCCGCUGCCUCCGAGACUUCCAGGACUCACAGAUCCAGGUCCCCACCCAGACUGUCAUCAGUGUCCCAGAGGAGGCUAUUAACCCUGGCAUCACAGUGAACCAGAUAGAGGCCAAUCUACCUGCUGCAUCCAGAGAGACGUGGAAGAGACGGGGGUUCGUAGAUUACAUCAUCCUACUGGACUGGUUCAGCUCUGUUACUGACCUCAAACUGGGAACCACCUUACAAAGCCUCAAAGAUGCUCUCUACAAGUGGGACAGUACCACUAUCCUGCGUAGUGAGCCCAUGGUCCUGGAGGGAGGCUAUGAGAGCUGGCUCCUCUUCUACCCCAUGUACACAUCCAACGCCAAAGUCAGACCGCCCCGAACACACAACUACAGCACCCUCCCACAGCUGAACUUCAGCUACCCGUCACUGGAGGAGCCCAAACCUCCAACCCCCCCUCCCCCCGAGCCGGACCCUGAACCCCAGGCUCCCCCUGCCUCCCUGGGUAGCGUACAGGUGAACGGUGCCCCCCUGGAGGAUCUGACCCCCUCCCACCCUGAGACCCCCUCCACAUGGACGGAGGCAGACGCCACAGACUCACCCCACACAGGGCCCACUCAGCCUGGAGUAGACCAGAGCAAGAAGGACCCUGGAGCCGGUCCAGGGACACCCAGCCAGCCUGGAGGGACAGGCAAGCACACCCCACAGAUUGACCGUACCAAGAAGCCAUCAGUCAGAGUCUCAGACGGGUCUAAACCCCCCCUGGAUGCCCUCCCCAGGGACCUGCCCCCCUCCUCCCAGAAUGGCCCGUCUGUACCCCAACCCAACCGCUCGGUCAAACCGGCCUUUGACCCGUCAGUCCCGCUGACGGACGAGGAACGCGGUCAGAUCCACACGGAGACGGCUGCUCUGAUGGAGAAGGCCCGGAGAGAGCAGGAACAACGCAAACAGGAACGCCGCACCGAGGAGGAGUGGAGAGAGCGGGAACGCCGGGAGAACCAGGAGAAGGAAAAUGAGGAGCUGGAGAAGAAGAGGAGGAAGGAGGAAGAGAACAGGACUCAGGAGAGGAAGAGGUUGGAGAGACAGAAGGCAGAGGAGGAGAAGGAGAACGGGGUUCGGGAGGAGCGAGAGAAGAGGGGGAAGGAGCAAAGGGAGGAUAUGCCGACGAACGGUGCUUCUCUGGACUCGCCAGCUCCCAGCCGUAUCGUCACUGACAUUAAGGCUCCCUCCCCCCUGAAGCUUAGUGGUGAUGUAAAGAGGAGCCGUCAGCCUGGGAUGUUAAAGCAUAGAACAGUUGAUGACUAUGUCAUACCCAAGCGGGAGCUACUAACCAGAGCCAGGAGUGAGGAGAUGGGGAGGAGUGUACCAGGCCUGCCUGUUGGCUGGAUGAAGUUCUUGGACACGGUAACCGGUACCUACCGUUACUACCAUUCCCCAACCAACCGGGUGCACCGCUACCCCCCUGAGGUCAGCGUGCCCCAGACGCCCCCCUCCACCCCUCCUCCGGCCAAACAGAAGCAGCCCCGCCCCGCUGAGCCAGACCAGACCAUGGACCGCGACCAGGAGCAGUCCAAACUGAAACGUUCCUACUCUUCUCCAGACAUCAGCCAGGACCUGAGGGAGGAGGGGCUAAAGAAGGUUACCGCCCCUAUAACUGCAGCCACGCGCCCAACCUUUAACAGGGAGACCAAACCAUCCACUGCUACCGUCUACACCAAGGUGGAGAUCGCCCGUCCGUCUGCGGCUAAGAUCCGAAACCUGAACCCUGUGUUCGGCGGUCUGGGCGCCUCGCUCACCGGUCUGCGUAACCUAGGUAACACCUGCUACAUGAACUCCAUCCUGCAGUGUCUCUGCAACACACCGGCCAUGGUUGACUACUUCAACAAGAACCUCUAUCAGGAGGAUAUCAACAGGGCUAAUGUCCUGGGUCACCGAGGCGAGGUAGCAGAGGAGUUUGGUGUGAUCAUGAAGGCUCUGUGGUCAGGCCUGUAUAAGUGUAUCAGCCCCCGCGACUUUAAGUUCACAAUAGGGAAGAUCAAUGAAUCCUUCUCUGGCCACGAACAGCAGGACUCCCAGGAGCUGCUGCUCUUCCUUAUGGACGGACUCCACGAGGACCUCAACAAGGUUGCUAACCGUAAGUGCUACACGGAGGAGGAGAAUGACGAUCUGGACGACCAGCGGGCUGCUGACCAGGCCUGGAGCAAACACAAGCUGCUCAACGAAUCUAUCAUCGUAGCGCUGUUCCAGGGACAGUUUAAGAGCACAGUUCAGUGUCUCACCUGCCACAGGAAGUCCCGCACCUUCGAGACCUUUAUGUACCUGACCCUGCCGCUGGCCUCCACCAACAAGUGUUCCCUGCAGGACUGUCUGAAGCUGUCUAAUCUAACCAUGUCUUACUGUGUGUUCCAGGACUGUCUGAAGCUGUCUAAUCUAACCAUGUCUUACUGUGUGUUCCAGGACUGUCUGAAGCUGUCUAAUCUAACCAUGUCUUACUGUGUUCCAGGACUGUCUGAAGCUGUCUAAUCUAACCAUGUCUUACUGUGUGUUCCAGGACUGUCUGAAGCUGUCUAAUCUAACCAUGUCUUACUGUGUUCCAGGACUGUCUGAAGCUGUCUAAUCUAACCAUGUCUUACUGUGUUUCAGGACUGUCUGAAGCUGUCUAAUCUAACCAUGUCUUACUGUGUGUUCCAGGACUGUCUGAAGCUGUCUAAUCUAACCAUGUCUUACUGUGUUCCAGGACUGUCUGAAGCUGUCUAAUCUAACCAUGUCCUACUGUGUUCCAGGACUGUCUGAAGCUGUCUAAUCUAACCAUGUCUUACUGUGUGUUCCAGGACUGUCUGAAGCUGUCUAAUCUAACCAUGUCUUACUGUGUUCCAGGACUGUCUGAAGCUGUCUAAUCGUACCAUGUCUUACUGUGUGUUCCAGGACUGUCUGAAGCUGUCUAAUCGUACCAUGUCUUACUGUGUUCCAGGACUGUCUGAAGCUGUCUAAUCGUACCAUGUCUUACUGUGUGUUCCAGGACUGUCUGAAGCUGUCUAAUCGUACCAUGUCUUACUGUGUUCCAGGACUGUCUGAAGCUGUCUAAUCGUACCAUGUCUUACUGUGUGUUCCAGGACUGUCUGAAGCUGUCUAAUCGUACCAUGUCUUACUGUGUUCCAGGACUGUCUGAAGCUGUCUAAUCGUACCAUGUCUUACUGUGUGUUCCAGGACUGUCUGAAGCUGUCUAAUCUAACCAUGUCCUACUGUGUUCCAGGACUGUCUGAAGCUGUCUAAUCUAACCAUGUCUUACUGUGUUCCAGGACUGUCUGAAGCUGUCUAAUCUAACCAUGUCUUACUGUGUUCCAGGACUGUCUGAAGCUGUCUAAUCUAACCAUGUCUUACUGUGUUCCAGGACUGUCUGAAGCUGUC